UUCACUGACUUGUUUUGAUUUGUAUGAUAACGUGAAUUUAGUUUUGUUUUUUCAGCUGUGCACUAUGUGUUGAUUUAAUUUUUGGAUUAUUUUUGGAAGCUUAUAUAUUGUAUUCUUAAAAAAUGAAAUAUUUACCGAAGAAACAAUUUACUAAUUUCUUAAAAUGCAGGAUUUUUGGACAUUCCUCUCAAUUCCGAAUGUCAUCAAAUAUUCGCAUUGGUUGUGCCAGUGGAUUUUGGGGAGAUACUGCUAUGUCUGUUCCUGCUCUUGUCCAUGGAGGUAAAUUGGACUUCUUGGUAUUUGAUUAUUUAUCCGAAAUUACGAUGUCACUUUUAGCGAAGGCAAAAGAAAAGAAUCCAGAUCUGGGUUACACACCAGACUUUAUCCAUUCUGCUAUGGCUCCAAAUUUGCAAGCUAUUAAGGAAAAAAACAUCCGAGUUGUAGCUAAUGCUGGUGGUAUUAAUCCUCAUUCUUGUGCUGAUGCUUUAAAAGCUGUUGCAAAAAAAUUAAACAUAGAUUUGAAGAUUGCUGUUAUCACUGGUGAUGAUUUAUUAUCUCAGCUGGAAAAUAUGAAGAAUCUGAAUAUAAAAGAUAUGGAUAAAGGUACAAGCUUACCUGCUAAUGUGCACAGCAUGAAUGCUUAUUUAGGAGCGGGUCCAAUUGCUAAAGCAAUAGACUAUGGAGCAGAUGUUGUUAUUACUGGUAGAUGUGUUGAUAGUGCUGUUGUACUUGGACCUUUAGUUAGCAAGUUCAAAUGGAGUUUUCAAGAUUUAGACAAGAUAGCAAUGGGAAGUCUAGCUGGUCAUUUGCUUGAAUGUGGAGCCCAGUCAGCUGGUGGAAUUCAUACUGAUUGGCAUCUAAUAAAAGAUUGGCAUAAUAUGGGUUUUCCAAUAGCUGAAUGUAAAGAAAAUGGAGAAUUCACUAUUUCCAAACCACCUAAUACUGGAGGUAUUGUGACAGUGGGCACUGUUUCAGAACAAUUGGUUUAUGAAAUUGGAGAUCCAGCCAAUUAUGCUUUGCCUGAUGUGCUGUGUGAUUUUACUAAUGUCAAAUUAACCCAAGUUGCUGAAAAUGUUGUCUCAGUUCAAGGUGCCAAAGGAAAACGUCCUUCUGAUUACUAUAAGGUUAGUGCAACUUAUGGAGAUGGUUUUAGAGCUACAGCUGUUUCUCCAGUUGUUGGACCUAGAGCUGCAGAUAAAGCUCUCAUAACUGCCAAAUCUAUCAUUCAAAGAUCUGAAAAUGUUUUUAAACGCUAUGGCCUGGAUGGAUUCCGAAGGACCCAUUUAGAAGUUCUAGGUGCUGAACAGAAUUAUGGGAAAAAUGCAAGAAAAAAGGAUACUCGAGAAGUAGUAAUGUGGAUAGCAGUUCAUCAUGAUAAAAAAGAAGCCAUAUCUUUAUUCUCUAGGGAAAUUGCUGCUGCGUCUACUGGUGGAGCUCCUGGUUUUACGACGUUAAUUGGUGGACGUCCAAAAGCGUCUCCAAUUCUCAAGCUAUUUUCAUUUUUGUACCCAAAGGACAAGAUUCAGAUACAAAUAACAUAUGACGGUAAAACAGAAACUUUUAAACCUGAAGUUGUAAAAGAAACUAGUACUAUCCCAACACCAGAACCUAAAAAGUCACCUCUUAUUAAGGGUACUAAUACAUAUCGUUUAGGAGAUCUUGCUUAUACUAGAAGUGGUGACAAAGGUGAUACUUGUAAUGUAGGUGUUAUAGCAAGACAUCCAGCAUUUCUGCCAUAUAUUGAAGAUCAGUUGACUGAAUCAGCUGUUGCUAAUUAUUUUGAUCAUCUCUUCAGCUCUGAUAAACGAGUUGUUGAAAGAUAUUCACUGCCUGGAAUACAUGCUCUGAAUUUUGUAAUGAAAGAAGCCCUGGGAGGUGGAGGUGUUGCCUCUUUAAGAAGUGAUCCUCAGGGCAAAGCAUGUGGACAAAUGUUGACUGAUUUUGAGCUUCACAAUAUGCCAAAUAUUGAUACACUGAAAAAAUAAAACCAAAAAGUGCCAAGUUCGAUCAAAUAUUAGCUAUAUACAAUUGUUAUUGCAAUGUAAGAAUAAAUAUAUUUUUAUAUGUUG